ACCGAAACAAGUGAUUCAGCACCGACUCGAUGGGUCACGCUGGUCAGCGAUGACGGCUAUCGAUUUCUGGUUGACAACACCACCGUGAUGGCAUCUCCCACAAUCAAAACCAUGCUUUCCAUGGGCGAGGGAGGAGGGUUCGCAGAAGCAGAGAGCAACACUGCGCGGCUGCAGAUCCGAGGAGAGGUGCUGGAAAAGGUCAUCGAGUACCUUCACUUCAAGACAAAAUACAGUGGAGCUACCAACGUGGACGUGCCCGACUUUAGGAAUCGCAUCCCUCCCGAGAUUGCGUUAGAGUUAUUAAUGGCUGCUGACUUUCUAGAACUUUGA